CGCAUAGAAAGAGACGUACGCGACGCUAUAAACAGCAGUUGAUUUUCAGAGUUUCACCAAGCAGCACAUAAAGCGAUUGAAUUUUUAAUAAAAGCACAGACAUUGGAAUAAACCGUCGACAUGAAAUUUUUCGUUGCACUCGCUCUCUUUGCGUGCCUCGGCUCUCUUGCCUUGGCCAAGGAUGAUGAAUACUGCCAGAAUACUGUAAUCACCGCAUGCUCUACGUCAGCCUUUUCGGCGCUCACGGGCUUUUUCACAGGCAAAAGCAACUCCAUCUGUAAUGCCCGUUUUGCUGGCAUUGACCAUAUUGAGCCCGAGAUCCAGUCCUACAUCAACGCCAACUUGGCCAAGUCGUACGACUACCUCCUGCUGGCCACCCACUUCAACUCCUUCCAGAAGAACCGCCCCGGCUUCCAGAAGUUGUACCAGGGACUCUCGGACCGCUCCUUCGAGGAUAGCAUUGCCUUGAUCAAGCAGGUGACCCGUCGCGGAGGAAUCGUGGACUUCAACACCCGUCACGAGUCUGCCGGCUCCGUGAGCACCAAGCGCGGCACUCUAGAGGUCGACGAACUGCACUCUCUGGCUCUGGCUCUGGACACCGAGAAGCAGCUGGCCACCGGAGCCACCCACGUGCACUCCCGUGCCACCCACGCCACCGACGCCGAGAGGGAUCCCGAGCUGGCCCACUACUUCGAGGAGAACUUCCUGGGCAAGCAGGCUGAGAGCGUGCGCAAGCUGUCCGGCUAUGCCAACGACCUCGCCAAGCUGAUGAAGGUCCCCGACCCAUCCCUCUCCGUCUACCUAUUCGACGAGUAUCUGCAGAAGCAGUAAGGAGUGGAGACCACCUCCUCCUCCUUCUUUUCCCCAACACGCUCCUACACUGUCUCCCCAAAAUUGCUCUCAUAAUUCCCUUAUAAAUUAAUUUGUUUCCUUGGAUUGUUCAUCAAUAAAUCGCAGUGCAGCAGCAGCAUUAUCAAAGCAGCCACAAGUGAAUGAUUUAGAUCACGAAAUUCACCUUGAUUUACCAGCACACCAGAUUGUGAUAAUGUUAUCAUAAAUAAGUUAGCAAGUUCUCCCCAGCAAAUGUAUCUUUAGCAUGUACGUUACCGCUUGAACAAAUAAACACAUCAAAGAACCUAAUUAUCAACUAGUAAAA